ACACUCCCCCCCCGUCGUCACGUUCUCCUCGCCGUACACUCUGUUCGUCUGAACAGGUCCACUGCAAGACACAAACAAUACCUACGGUGGCCAGCUAAAUUACAUAAAAUCAGACCCCAUUAGCCGGUCUUUCAAGCUCCCGGGUUUUGCAUGGCCUACAAACCGUGCAAUCUUCGGAACAGUACAAACUUACCAGCAUAUUCCUCGACGGCCAGCAGCAGCAGCAGCAGCACUCAGCACAGGAUCGACGGACUGUAAACAAACGUCCGUUCGCACAAUACAUUACGGCAGGUGUAGAAAUCAGCGUGCAGGAAUGAAAAAUACGCUGCAUUAGAAAGUUACGCAUACACCGCCGUGUGCACUGCGGCACGACGAUUGAUUCGUUUCGAGUGAAAUAUCGAUUUGUGAUUGGAUUGCGUUGCCGUAACCCGAAGUGGUUUGUGGUUGCGGAUAUCCGUAGCAUGGCACGUACUUCAGCCGCGCCGUGAUGAGCGAGCGACUGGCAAACGAUGGGACAUCGUCUUUGGUGAAUAUUUUCGCGUCGGAAAAUUGGCCACGUGUGAACCGAUCGAAAUAAUUUAGUGAGUUCACGUACCUCAUGAGCAUGAAUCAAUACCAGCUAUAGCCAGCUAGUCGUGGUGACCAUCCACCGAUCGUGCAGAAAAACGGUUCCAGGAAAAUCACGCUACACGACAGGUAGAACGAAAGCGACUGGUGCCCGGAAUUCGAUGUACUGUGGUACAAGGAAGAGCUCUCCACUGCUGACCCCCUUUUCUCCGUAAAUGGACUCAUGGCGUUCUGCAAUCGCACGCUCGCUAUCAAGGCAGCGUUGGGUGCAGGAUUUUUGCUGAUCCUGUUAAACCUUCUCAACUCCAAGCUGGACAGUGGCAGCGGUACCGGUCGAUACUCUUCACACCUUAAAACCGGAGGAGCAACCCAAUGGCCAAAGCGAACCCACGGCAGCCUAGAAUCCCACUCGCCCUCGUCCUCGGCGAUGGUAGGUAACGAUAGAACAGAGAGCACGAAUGGACAGCAGCAACACAACAACGAUGGGCAACCCAUGAACAACGAUUCGUUCGCUUCACCACCACCACCACUACCCGACCAUUCGGCGGAUGGUGAACGAAAUCAAGCAUCGAGCGCGGACGACAGAACGGGCACGGCACAGCACAAUAAUCCUGAAAUUAAACAUGUGAUACAAAACCACGCGCACGAACCAACCAAACGCACAGCUACGGUAUCUGAACAGUACGAACUGACCGAUGAUAAGCAGAACGGUAGUAACAUUUCCUCGAUCGUAACUCCUAGCGCUAGUGCUGGCAGCUCGCAGCAUAGUCAUUUUAGUAGCAAUAGCAUAGAUAAUGUAGGCAACAUCUCCGGGAUUCAUAACGUAAAGUCUGAAAAAGCAAGCGGCAACAAAUCCAUGCCCGAGGCGGCAGUUAACAACAAUGUUCAAAACUCCUCAACCCUGCUACCGGCACCGAAGCCGGAAAAUGCGGCCAACGUGCUGUUGCCCCGGGUGUAUGACGACGAUGAUGAGGAAGCAAGAGAGCCGGACCGGGGCUCCGAUUUGUCGGACAAGUUUACCAUAAACAGCUGUCCUCCGAUUCCUCCCAAUUUGGAUGGACCAAUCGAUGUGGACGUACUGUUUGAACCGAUCAGUGCGGUAGAGAAACGAUUCGCUUCCAAGCUGCAACCGGGCGGCCAGUAUGUGCCGCCGGGCUGUACGGCGCGGAACCGGGUCGCCAUCAUCGUACCGUACCGCGACCGCGAACAGCACUUACCGAUCUUCCUCAAGAACAUACACGCGCUGCUGAUGAAGCAGCAGCUCGAGUACGGCAUUUACAUAGUGGAACAGACCGCCGGAUCUUCGUUCAACCGUGCCGCACUCAUGAACAUCGGGUUCGUCGAAGCGAUGAAGCAAAAGAGCUGGGAGUGCAUGGUGUUUCACGACAUCGAUCUGCUUCCGAUGGACGAUCGCAAUCUGUACACCUGCCCGGACCAACCGCGCCACAUGUCGGUGGCGGUCGAUACGUUCGGGUUUAAGCUGCCGUACAGCACCAUCUUUGGCGGUGUGUCCGCCAUGACGGAGAAACAGUUCCGCAUGGUGAACGGGUUCUCCAACUCGUUCUGGGGAUGGGGUGGUGAGGAUGACGACAUGUCGAACAGAUUAAAGCACGUAGGAUUUCACAUCGCACGCUACCCGGUCAAUAUAGCGCGGUACACGAUGCUAAACCACAAAAAGGAAAAGGCCAACCCCAAGCGCUACGAAAAGCUAGUAAACGGCGCCAAACGCUUCGACAGUGAUGGGCUUAAUUCGUUGCACUAUCAGCUGGUAAACUUGAUACGCAAACCGUUGUACACCUGGAUCCAUGCGGCCAUUUCACCGGAUCAGGGCAGCUGAUGAUUGUCGUUUCUAGCGGAUUGGCUAGGAUAAAUUUACCACAACGCAAGACACAAGACGACAACGUGGUUCAUCCCCAAGCAGGGCGGGCUGUAGAUAUCUGCGUAGUAGAGGGAGUAGUAGUAGUAGUAGUAGUAGUAGAGGCCACAACAGUAACAGUGAGUUGAACGUGUUGGGUGUGCACGGGCACAACAAUUUUCAUCUUACGUAUAAUUUAGUAGAGCAAACUGUGUAAGAUAACGGGGAAACCUAUUUCCAUCCACUAGCAUUCAUGCGAAAAGCUGCAUUGCAGCAAGUCAAGUGUAGGCACAAAUUUUAAAAACAGCAAACCAUUGUACUCCAGAGAAUCCGCGUCAUCCUGUUUCCUUCUUCGGGAAAGUGAUAUAAAACUAUACAUCGUAAGUCAAUCGAUUAGACUUUAGCUUCCCGCAAUCCGCGCGUAUGUAUGCGCGUGUAUUAUUUAUGUAGAAAUAAGUUAGGAAAACAGUUGUAUCAAUCUUUCCCCAGUUCUCGAAUACUCUGCGGGACUAGAUACGUUGAUACGCGGUACUUACGUUGGCGCACGAGGAUUUCUGGCGGAGGGUCAUUCAACACAAAGCAGCAAAAACAAAGUCCAACAAAGUGUGCAGAAAAAUGUUAAACUAGAUUCGAAGAAUUUUUUAUAACUGAUUUGUUAGGUGUUUCCCCGCUGUUGGGCUUCAAAUAGUUGUUUAAUUUUCAAAAGGAAAAAAAAACGGUUAGGUGGUGUCGUGCUGGGUGGAUGGUUUUGUUUUAAUCGCAAGAAGAAGAGCGACAUCAUCACGACGUCGCUGCAACAAUGAUUCUCUUGUCUGUGUUAUUUAGUGUAUAAUUAGGCGCGCUGCAAAGCUGCAAUACCCCCUGAAAUGGAAUGUAAACUAUCUGUUAAUGCUCACUUAGCUUGUUAUUUGUGAAUCCUCAAAGCCCCUACCUACCGUACGGCAACGGAUUGUGUUCUCUCAGCGGUGGUGCAAAGAAAAACGGGAAACGAGUAGCAAUAAUACUAACAAACGGAGCAUUACUUACUACUGCAAACGGAUGCACAAGUUACACGGUUUAAGCUAAAUUUGUUAUAAUCAAAAGUUACGCCGCACACAAAUGGGCACAAACAAUGUUUAUUAGGUUCCGUCCGGCUGUACCGAAUAGUAAUCUCAAACACUGCGGAAAAAUUAGUAUGGCUAUGGACAGUAGGUUAAUACGAAAUGCUAAAACUUUAUAGACGAAAUGGCCACCCCUAAAUACAUUUUCCAACACACAUCUAACUAACUAAACUCCAUGACACAGCCCCAAGGUGGAGAAGAAUUUCGGGGUAAAGCUCGCGAAGAAGCCAGCUCAUACGAGGGGCAUACGUAUAACGAUAGAGGACAACACACGUGUUGUGGAUGGACGGUGGUUAUUAUUAUGCAUCCAGUUCACCUGUUGGGCUGUUAUUAUUGCUAUUUUUGGGCCGGUUGUUAAUUCCAUUUAUUACUACCACACUGGUGAGGCGACAGAAGGGUGUGUCCACGGUACCGGACACAGAGCAGAGCGCCACACACGGUACGAACAAAACUACUAAUUCCCUUUCAAAACUAAUCCACCAUCGCUAGUAUCUUGACAUGAUAAUCCACAAUUAUUCUUAAAAUUACCAGGCGAUUGAAAGGUAGUGCGUGACGAUACUCUGAAAUCGAAUUCCAAACAAUAAACCAAUAGUAGGGAACCAAUAAUAAUAGCACACCUCGUACCUAUAUUA